UGGGAUUAUCGCAUGCACAAUGGACUACAUCUUCAUUGACGGUGUGGCAGUGCUGGCCUUGGGUUACACUAUGAACCUCAGCAACCCUAGGACGUGCUUAUCGAAGGUGUAAGAUUUGGACCUUUUAAAUUCCGUGUUGAUGGGAUCGGCCGACCUCUAGCCUACUGGUGGCGCAAAAUGUGGCAUCUGUACUAGGCCUGUGGAUCAUCAACUUGUUGUUCGUCCUGGGUGCCCUCCCCUUCAUGUCUGUCCAAAGUGACUACGUGAAGUGGCCUGCCCGAUUAUCUAAACGGAAUGCGUGGUGGGAGCUAGGAGAUAAUUGGGAAACGACUGUUACUUUCUUUACAAUCUAUUUCCAAUUCAUCACUUCAUCGGUUGUUUUCACUUUUGGAUCGACAUUCCGUCAGCCAGUUUUCCGAAACUAUCUUCUCAUGGUUUCAUGGUUGUGCAUCUACGUGACAAUGUCACUGGUACUGUUGCUUCCGCAUUUAUCCUUCACGCAUCUCUGGCAAGUGGACAGGGAGGAGUUCAACGGGCCCAACGCCACUUCCCCUGUGUUGGCAGCAUAUCAGCAAGACGGGGGAGCUCCCAGUGCGGCCAUGCCCCCUUCCUUUCGCCGAGAUCUGUGGAUUCUCAACGUCUCCAACUCUGUUGCCGUAUGUUUGUGGCAGAAGGUGGUGGUUGAAGGCCCUGUGGCUCGCAUGUUGCGCAGCAGAUUUCCCUCUUCCACACCGAAGUUUCACCUCUGAACACCUCUCUCACUCACGCUGGAUUCCUUUCUAAUGCAACAAUCACGUUCUUGUGUUUUCUACAUUUCGGGGGGUUCAGUUCUUCUCCCUGUUUGAAAAAAGAAAGAUCUUUCUUGAUGUCUUGAGAACAUACAGAUCUUUCUGGAAAAUAAAAUCUACCCAACUAUCUUAACCAUCAUGAAAAAAUAUAAUGAUUUCUAGAUUCAUUUUUCCACUUUUGGAUCUGCAAGCAAUAAAAACCAGCCAAAUUCAUUGUAAUUAACAUAUUCUUCAUCAAGAGUAUCUAUUUAGUAAAGGUAUGGGUCUAUUUAAUAUUC